UGGCGGCGUCAACAUGGCUGCGCUCAUCCAGGUAGUUGCUCGCCAAGCGCAGUUAACUUUUGGCCGUGGCGUUUUCGCGGAUGAAUUGUUCCGUGAUUGUCUCGCUCGACUGCAUAGGAUAAUCGGUCAAGUCACUUACAAGGACGUUAACUUGGACUUAAACCUGCUUCAGGCGCUAUCCAAGACCACCAAUGGUGGCAACGAAGCGCCCAUCGCGUAUAUCUCCCUCUAUGACAACUCGAAAUUUAGCAUGAGUAUCUUUAUCAUACGCCGCGGGGAGCGCAUACCGCUUCACGAUCACCCCGGCAUGUUCGGUGUUCUCAAGGUGCUGCACGGUUCCGGAACUAUACGCAGCUACAGCGCGCUCAUACCAGUCGUCGGUGGCGAACAGCUGGUCGAAGCGCAGCGCCACCCGGAUCUCACCGUGAGCCCGGACAGCGCGCCCUGCUGCCUGACGCCGACCGAACGCAAUUUCCACGAGAUUCUGGCGCUGGACGGGCCGCUCGCCUUCCUCGACAUCUUGGCCCCACCGUACGACGGCGUCAAGCGUGACUGUCACUACUACACCGUCUCUUCGUCGCCUGCCGGAGAGGACAACGUGUGCCUGCAUGGCGUGUCGCCGCCGCGCGAUUUCUGGUGCGCGUCGUCGCUCUAUACUGGACCUCCGAUCGAGCCUUCGACUGCUCAAUAAAUAGGGACCCUUCCCGCGAUCGGAAAGACUGCACAUCGUUUCGACGCGGAUCGUGCGUCUCUCGAUUGCGUUGCUCGUACGAACACCUCGACUCUCUCUGUGGACAACGCCGGUGGUCGAAGCCAGAGCCUUUCGGCGUGCCGCUACCCUCGAGUGCUCAUCCUCCCCGUGCUCGACACGAGUACGGCAUAUUGAUCACCUACUUAUUUUUCGCUCCUGUUAUUUAGUAGCCGUUGGCACUGCGUGGUGGUUUUUUUUUUUUUUUUUUUUUUUUUACUCGACACAGCUGCGCUUGCUUGGUGCCGCAUCUGGGGUAUCAUUUACAGAACGCAUAGAAUAUUUUUAGCUGUUUAGCGAAAGUGUUCUACUUCCGUGAUCCUUUCUCGUUCUAAAAACCGUAGUAUUGUUAUUUCGAAACAAGAAGACUUAGCCAUCAACUCUGGUCACCAUGUUUUCUUGAUACUACUACUUGGCUCACUGAUUGCCCGCUUCAUUUGCAAAACCCUACUGAAAUAUAUUGCAACCGUUAGCUCUUCAUCACACGUGUUCCCUUUUUAGGUUUCAGAGCUGCCUGCCAAGUGUGGCGCACCAUUUGCUGGCAGUGGCUACCUAUUUGGCUGUACAUUACCAAAUGAAAAUUGAAUUCAAUGGUACUAAUAGAAAAGCGUUCUAGCCUCUGUAGUACUAACCUGGAAAAAAUAGGGUUUAAAAGAACUAAUGGUGAAUGAUGUCAGAACCUUAUUGUCUUUAUUUUUUUCUCUAUGUGUAGGGUAACAUUAUUUCUUGGUUUGCAAACUAUAGGAAAAGUGUGCCUGAAGUACUUGCAUCCGAUGCUGGGACAGAGCACAUUUAUUGGCAUUAUUUUGUCAGCCAAGAUUCCUAGUAAACUGCUUGACAGCAUUUGAAAAAAUAAACGAAUUGGUUUGAAAUCUGGUGGUUUCAAUUAUGAUGCAAGGUUAUCUACAUGGCUGGAAUGCAAACACAAGUAGAUUGCAAAAGAGACACUAGGUCACAAAGACAGUUUUAUGCUUGUAUAGCGCGUUUGGUGCCAUUCAUGCUUGCACAAAGUAAUAAACAAUGUACCAACUGUUACUCCAGUUGGGUAACCAUUUGAA